AUGUCGAACAAAGCGACCACUGCCUCUUGCUCAGCAUUCCGGACUCUCGAUUCUGAAGAAGUCAAUCUACAUAGCUUCCAUGAUCACCUCGUCAACUCUGCUUCAAUAAUUGCUCUCGUGGGCGCCGGCCUCAGCGCCGCCUCUGGUCUAUCCACAUUCCAAGGCAUCGGCGGCCUCUGGCGUUCGUACGAUCCAACCACGCUUGCCACGCCGGAAGCUUUCGCCUCUAAUCCAGAGCUCGUCUGGCAAUUCUAUUCUCAUCGGCGACAUUGUGCAACGUUGGCCCAACCAAACUUAGCGCAUCACGCUCUGGCAGAAGCUUCAAGACGGAAACCUGGACUUCUUACCUUGAGCCAGAAGAUUGAUGACCUGAGUGAGCGGGCCGGGCAUCCACAAGAACAGAUUUUGCAUCUCCACGGGUCACUAUUCCAAUCCCGAUGUGUGGAUAGCCAAAACUGCGGAUACUCGAGAUCAGGGAUGGCGGAGAGUUCACAGAUGCAGCGAACUCGGGAUAUCUCUGGACCUUACACUUCCCCAGAUCCACCGUUCCAGACGCUCCCUACCUGCCCGAACUGCACCAGACUUCUACGACCUGGCGUCGUGUGGUUUGGCGAACCGCUUCCGAGGGAAGUUCUGGCAGGAAUUCGAAACUGGUUCGAUUCGUGUGCGAAGGUAGACUUGAUGUUGGUGAUCGGGACGUCGGCACAGGUCUAUCCAGCAGCCGGCUACAUCAACGUGGCCCGUCUCAAAGGUGCAAGGAUAUGCGUUGUUAAUACAAACAGGGACCACGAGUCCAAUGAGGGUCUGCAUGAAGACGACUGGUUCUUCCAGGGUGAUGCAGCGGUGAUAUUGCCAACACUUUUGCAACCAUUUUUAGGGUUGCAGGGGUCCACAGAAAAGCAUGUGAGGCCUGAAUAA